CCGAGUGCAUGGAGGUGUCUUCACUCCCUGGUGGUCCGGAUGGCAGUGCGCCAAUCAAGGCUGGUGCAGAGGACAUGACCUCCAAGGACUAUUACUUUGACUCCUACGCACACUUCGGAAUUCACGAGGAAAUGUUGAAGGAUGAAGUUCGCACUUUGACCUAUAGAAACUCCAUGUACCACAACAAGCAUCUCUUCAAGGACAAGAUCGUCCUAGACGUGGGAAGUGGAACUGGAAUCCUUUGUAUGUUUGCAGCCAAAGCAGGUGCCAAGAAAGUUAUUGGGAUUGAGUGUUCCAACAUCUCCGAAUAUGCUGAAAAGAUCAUUAAAGCCAAUAAUCUAGACCAUGUUAUCACCAUCAUCAAGGGCAAGGUAGAGGAGGUGGAACUUCCCAUGGAGAAGGUGGACAUAAUCAUCAGUGAAUGGAUGGGCUACUGCCUGUUUUACGAAUCGAUGCUGAACACGGUUAUCUACGCAAGGGACAAAUGGCUGCAACCAGAUGGCCUCAUUUUCCCAGAUCGAGCUGCUCUCUAUGUCACAGCCAUUGAAGACCGGCAAUACAAGGACUACAAGAUACACUGGUGGGAGAACGUCUAUGGUUUUGAUAUGUCCUGUAUAAAGGAUGUGGCCAUCAAAGAGCCACUGGUGGAUGUGGUGGAUCCCAAACAGCUGGUGACCAAUGCCUGCCUCAUCAAGGAGGUGGACAUUUACACAGUGAAAGUUGACGAUCUGUCAUUCACAUCCCCUUUCUGCCUCCAAGUUAUUCGCAACGACUAUAUCCACGCAUUGGUAGCAUACUUCAACAUUGAGUUCACCCGAUGCCACAAGAGAACAGGAUUCUCCACAGCACCCGAUGCUCCUUACACACACUGGAAGCAAACUGUUUUCUACAUGGAGGACUACUUGACAGUCAAGCGAGGCGAGGAGAUCUUUGGAACAGUCAGCAUGAAACCCAACACCAAGAACACUCGGGACCUCGAUUUCACCGUUGACAUUGAAUUCAAGGGGCAACUGUGUGAGAUGUCUGGCUCCAUUGACUACAAGAUGCGCUAGGAUCAGCUUUCACCCCCUCCUCCCACUGUGCGCACCGUCCUCACCCCUCCAUUCAGUCACCAGCGUGACCUCUGUAGUGUGCUAUAUAUAGAUAACUUUGUUUUCAGAAUUUAAAAAAAGUUCAUUGGUUGUGCGACUGACUGCUCCUCUCCUUGAUCAGUUGAAGUCCAUUAGCAUGGCAUAUGAGCUGGGAGGAGGGAGGAAGGCAUCUAGAAUAAUUCUACUUAUAACAGUUGCCACAUGUGCUAUUAUGGAACCAUUCUUAAGCUGCUGUAUUGAUUUGUUUUGUUCGGACAAAAGCAGAGAUAUUCUAAUGUAAAUCCCGGUUUAUCUAUAUCUAUCUUGGCAGGGAAGAUUUAAGAUCUGAGCAAAUUUGUUUUGUGUAUUUUUUUUAAAGAAUGGUACUUUACAUUUAUGCUCGUUCCCUAAUUUGGCAGAUCAUCCUACAGUCAGCAAUGUAAUUCUCAC